UAAGUUUCAUCCAAUAAAGAACCUAAAGGAGGGACCGGCAGGCGGGUCAGUGACGCGAUGCAGAUUGAUUGGCAUUCAGGCCACCGACGUCCUAGAUUAGUCCCCAAUUUCGCCAAUCCAAAGGCGGGGGUGGGACGGUGCAGGCGCAGAGGAUUGGGUUUGGCUGGACUCGAUUUAAAGAGACAGAAGCUGUCGGGGUCCAAGAAGACGGUCCGCGAGACCCUCCCCCCAAAUUUUUGGGACCACUUGGGUCCCCAAAGCUGGGGAGAUGGUUUGCGGAGGCUUUGCCUGCUCCAAGAAUGCGCUCUGCGCGCUCAACGUGGUCUACAUGCUGGUAGGCUUGUUGCUCAUUGGAGUAGCUGCAUGGGCUAAGGGCCUGGGUCUGGUGUCCAGCAUCCAUAUCAUCGGAGGAGUUAUUGCAGUGGGAGUCUUCCUUCUUCUCAUCGCGGUUGCUGGGCUGGUAGGUGCUGUCAACCACCACCAAGUACUGCUUUUCUUUUACAUGAUCAUCCUUGGUUUGGUCUUCAUCUUCCAGUUUGGAAUCUCUUGCUCAUGUCUGGCUAUUAACCUAAGCAAACAGACAGAUGUCAUCAAUGCUUCUUGGUGGGUCAUGAGCAACAAUACCCGGGAUGAACUGGAAAGAAGUUUUGAUUGCUGUGGCUUGUUCAACCUUACAACCCUGGAUCAACAGGAUUAUGCUUUCUGCACUGCAGUCUGCAAGAGCCGGAGCCCCACAUGUCAGAUGUGUGGAGAAAAGUUUCUUAAGCAUUCAGAUGAAGCCCUGAAAAUCCUGGGGGGUGUUGGACUCUUCUUUAGCUUCACAGAGAUCCUUGGUGUUUGGCUAGCGAUGAGAUUUCGGAAUCAGAAGGAUCCUCGAGCCAACCCCAGUGCCUUUCUAUGAGACUCUGGAUCCUUCUGACAUCUUUCCUGCUGUCUGUUCCCCCUAAGCUUUUUCUUCCCCUUAGGGAAAACUUGGGGUCUGUAGCCCUUUUUGAGAAAAAGGGCCUUUGCCAUGUUCCCUAAAGAUGACUGAACAGUUAGGCUUUAUGCCUUGAUAUGUUUUGCUGGGAGAAAGAUUAUAAGGAAUAAAGAAAAACCCUUCUUCCUUCCUCUCUCCCUAAGUGGAUAUGGGAAGUUUCCAGGAUUACAUGAGAUGGGAUGGCGGUUGGAGUCAUUCCUGGCUGUUUCCCCUCUCCUCCCUUCCAUAUGCUGGACCACCUCAACACAUCUUUGCUCCAAGGGUAAAUCAGGGACAGAUCCCGAGAGAAAACUACCAAGAACUCUUGUAAUAAGGAGGACCUGGUUUGGGGAGGUUCAGUAAAUAUAAAAAUAAAAACCAUUUAAACUCUAUAAUCAAAGAAGCCAUGUAAGUGCCUUUCCUUCCCUUGUUAGUAGAGGGGCUCCACUGACCCUGUGAUCUAAAGAGAAUCUGCAAGGAAGUUCCAUCUUCCAAAUGGUUUUUUCCAAAUUCCCAACCAGUAAAGCCAAUCAGAGGAAGAAAUAUUAAAAAAAAAAAAAAA